AUGAAUGGCGUAUCGAUCCCUUCAUCCCUGGAUGCAUCUGAUUAUGAUCCUAUUGACCAUUUGAACACGAUAUUUUCCCAUCCUUCGACUUUGUCCUCUAUAGAUCAAACGGCUGCUGCUCUACAAACUCAUCAGGAUGAGCUGUCGAAUAAUAUCGCGAAUCUCGUGGCCACUCAAGCAUACAAUGAUGAUUCCUCACUCAAACGGAUGCAGUCUGCAAAGUCGGAGCUUGCAGAUCUUUUUAGAAAGAUUGAAUCCGUACGAACACGGGCUAUACAAACAGAGCAAACGAUCACCUCGAUGACCGCAGAUAUCAAGAGACUGGAUGGCACAAAGAAGAACCUUACCCUGAGCAUGACGGCUCUGAAAAGGUUACAAAUGCUUACAACUGCUUACGAACAAUUAAGGGGUCUAGCCAAAACAAGACAAUAUCGAGAAUGUGCAAGCUUGCUUCAAGCUGUACUGCAACUUAUGAAGCAUUUCAAUAGCUAUAGGAGCAUAGACCAGAUUGCUACCUUGAGUAGAGGUGUUUCAGAGUUACAAAGAGAGUUGUUGGAGCAAGUCUGCGAGGACUUUGAGAUGGCGUUUGCCAAAGGAGAAGUGGGGAGCAAGAAAGCAGUGCUGGCAGAGUCAUGUCUGGUGAUGGACGCAUUGGGAGAUAACGCUCGGGCAAGAUUGGUGACGUGGUAUGUCAAUACGCAAUUGAGGGAAUAUAGGCAGGUGUUCAGGGGAAACGAUGAAGCUGGAAGCUUGGAUAAUAUUGGUAGAAGAUACAGUUGGUUCAGGAGAAUGCUGAAGACAUUCGAGGAUGAACAUGCGGGAAUAUUUCCUGCUGGGUGGAGAGUCAAUGAGGUUCUGGCAAAUGCCUUCUGCGAAGGCACUAGGGAUGAUUUUAAGGGAAUCUUGGAGCGGAGCAUGAGGCGAACAGAUGGAAGUAGGAUAGACGUCAAUUUGCUCCUAAGUUGCCUACAGGAAACUCUGGAUUUCGAGCAAAGUCUUGAAAAGAGAUUCGCUACAGGGGCGAGAGCAAGCAUUGAUACUCUCAGCUCACUCGAGGAUAAACCUCUGACAUUUCACGGGUCUAUUUCGGAAGCCUUCGAACCAUAUCUUAGUCUUUGGGUUGAUUCACAAGACAAGCAACUCGCCACAAUGAUACCCAAAUAUCGAAUUCAACCAUUAUUAGCAGCCGAUGAAGAGUUCUCUCCACAGGCUGUGAUUGCGUCAUCUAUCGAGCUUUUCCAUUUUUACAAGACAUCCCUGGCUCAAUGUGCCAAGUUGUCAACCAGUGAACGGCUUCUUGACUUCUCAAAGAUCUUAGCUAAAUAUCUCGAUCAAUAUGCUCAGCAGGUUUUACUAUUUUUCUUACAAGGAGCUGGAGGACCCAGUCUUGAGAACACUAUCCUUGUUCUCAACACAGCGGAUUAUUGGCACGCAAACACUCAGCAAUUAGAAGAUAAUCUGAAACGGAGAAUUGACAGUGAAUUGGCACCCAAAGUGGACUUAUCGUCACAAUCCGAUACUUUUAUGGGUGUUGCCAGCGCAGCAGUUCUAUCAUUGGUAAACAGAGUUGAACUCGAUUGCGAAGGAGCAUGGCGUGAGAUGAAGAAUACAAAUUGGAGUAAAAUGGAAAGCGUGGGGGAUCAGAGCAGUUAUGUGGCAGAGUUAUUGAAACAUGUCAAUGAUCAAGCGGGGGAAAUACUACCGUUGGUGGGGAAGCAGCAAUAUGCGCGUGCAUUCUGUGAUAACGUUGUCGAGCAUUUGGCCAAUACGUAUAUCGCAAACAUCGUUCAAUGUCGACCUGUAUCCGAGGUAGGCGCAGAGCAGAUGCUACUAGAUAAAUACGUCUUAACUAAAGGACUGACCACCUUGCUCUCUCACUCCCCCACUCCCUCUUCAGCCACUGCAAAUACCGCAUUUCAGAAGCGUGUGAAUAACAUAAUGGCUCGCCUGGACCCGCUCCUCAAGACGCUACAGGUCCGUCCCUCACCGCCAGAGGGACUGGUUCAAGCAUACCUAAUUCACAUCGCCGAUCGUAGCGAUACAAAUUUCCGGAAAAUUUUAGAAUUGAAGGGUGUCAGAAAGCAAGAUCAGGCUGCAUUGGUGGAAAUGUUUGGUAUGCACAGAGAUGGUAAGGCUAAUGAGCAGCUGGUUCAAAACUCACCUCUUCUCACACCACUUAUGAAUGUUGCCGGGCUUGGUAGUACAGGUCUAGGAAUUGGAACACCUGGUGGUAUGCCAGGAUUACAGACACGAUUUGACCCCGCAGGUUUUGGAGAAAAGUUAUUUAGUGCGGCCAGGGAUAGUAUGGGAACUGGAGGGGUUGGCGAUAGAGGGGUAAGUCCUUUGAGCGAGGAUGCUAAGUCUGCCGUGGAAGGGAAUCUGAAGAGUAUUGGAAAGUUCUUCAGACGAGAUAUGUCUGGGUUUGGUGGGAUGAAUAUAGGGGCUCUUAAACGUACUUUGAGGGCAAGCGGUUCGGGUGUUUCAAUUGCGGCUGCUGCUUGUUUUCAACAGAAGAAUUCGGUCAAGAGUAAUACUGCUGCAAAUUUACUGGGAAGAAAUAUAGAGAGAAAGAUGCAUAGUAAGGUUGUUAUUAUUGGCUCUGGCCCAGCGGCUCACACUGCUGCCGUUUAUCUUGCGCGUGCGGAAUUGAAACCUGUUCUUUAUGAAGGUUUCCUUGCCAAUGGAAUUGCUGCCGGUGGUCAAUUGACCACUACUACCGAUGUAGAGAACUUCCCUGGUUUCCCCAAGGGAAUUGGUGGACAAGAACUUAUGGAUAACAUGCGCGCACAAUCCGAACGAUUCGGUACCGAAAUCAUCACCGAAACCGUUGCCAAAGUAGACCUCUCCAAACGUCCUUUCAAAUACUGGACCGAAUGGGACGACAAAACAGAACACACAGCCGAUUCGAUCAUCAUUGCUACUGGUGCCUCGGCUCGCAGACUCGGUCUUCCAGGAGAGGAGAAAUAUUGGCAAAACGGUAUCUCCGCAUGCGCAGUCUGCGACGGGGCUGUUCCAAUUUUCAGAAACAAGCCUUUGGUAGUUAUUGGUGGUGGAGAUAGUGCUGCGGAAGAGGCUAUGUUCCUCACGAAAUACGGAUCCCACGUUACUGUUUUGGUCCGAAAAGAUCAUCUACGCGCGUCGAAAACAAUGGCUAAGAGAUUGCUUGCCAAUAAGAAAGUUACUGUUAGAUUCAACACUGUGGGAGGCGAAAUCACUGGUGAUGACAAGGGAUUGAUGACCCACAUGGUUUUCAAGAACGUUACUACUGGCGAGGAAGAAAAGGUAGAGGCAAAUGGAUUGUUCUAUGCUGUAGGACAUGACCCAGCCACCGCAUUGUUCAAGGAGCAAAUCGAGACGGAUUCCGAAGGAUACAUUGUCACCAAGCCCGGAACCAGUUAUACCAACGUCGAGGGUGUUUUCGCUGCUGGUGAUGUUCAGGACAAGAGAUACAGACAGGCUAUUACUAGUGCAGGAUCCGGAUGUAUAGCAGCUCUCGAGGCCGAGAAGUUCCUUGCCGAGCAAGAAGAUGCUGAAAAUGAUUUGGAAAAGGCAGAUGCUGAAAAGGGUAGCAAUGUUGUUGUUCCUGAGUAUAGGUCCAAUCCUUUGCUUUAG